UACAAAGGCCUAAUUAUGAACACGAAUCCAGUUCCGCACGGCAUACGCUGCGCAGAAGACGACUGGCCCAGUGCUGCUGACUCGCUAGCCACACCAGGGUUGCUCAUAAUGGCUGCCUCCAAGCCAUUCGAGCCGCAGUCAGGCACCGGCGUCCCCAGUUGGCAGCUCGCUCUGCUGUUCGGCGCGCCCAUAGUCGGGGUGACAGCCGUGUAUCUAUGGAACCGCAAGGGUCGUUUUGAACGUGCCCGAGAGGCAAAUCAAAAAGGCAACAAAUACUUUAAGGCGGCCAAGUAUGAGAACGCCAUCCAGUGUUACACAGAGGCCAUUGAACUCUGCCCCACUGAACAGAAGAGCUACCUGUCGGUGUUCUAUCGCAACCGAGCGGAGGCUUAUGAGAAGCAGAGGAAAUGGACUGAAGUGUCGCGAGACAGAUCACGGGUACUAAUGCUCGACCCACACAACUACGCAGCUUUCUUGAAGCUUUACGAGGCUAAUAGAAGACUGGACGAUAAGAAAGAAUGCCUGGAAGAUCGCAUCGCUCCGUCUAUCCCGGAGGACGAGCUGAACGAGGAGAGCAAGACGCCCCCUAUGGGAAAUAAGGCCCUAGACGAAUAUAAGAACCGAGAGUGGACGAUGCCUUCUCCUCAGUACAUCAAAUCCUACUUUGGUUCUUUCACCGAUGACAUCAUCUCGCAGCCGCUACAGAUGGGCGAGAAGAAAGAUGAAGACAAGGACAAUGAGGGCGAGGCCGCCGAGGUCACAGCUAGUCACCACCUGAGUUCGGGCUACCUGAAAGCCAAGCAAUACAUGGAUGAGGAGGACUACGACAAAAUCAUCAGCGAAUGCACUAAGGAGGUGGACUCGGAGGGCUGCUACAUGGCUGAGGCGCUGCUCCUGCGCGCCACCUUUCACCUGUUGACUCGCAACGAAGUGGACGCUGGUGUCGACUUGGACCGCAUCAUCAAUAUGCAGGAAGCCAACGUCAAGCUGCGUGCCAACGCCCUCAUCAAGCGUGGGAGCCUGUACAACCAGACUCACGAACGCUUGCUUUCCAGAAAGCACUUCAACAUGGCAGCAGAGAUCGACGCAUGCAAUCCCGAUGUGUACCAUCACAGGGGGCAGCUUAACAUGGUGCUGUACCAGGCGGAUGAAGCUGUAGAAGACUUUGACAAAAGCAUCCUGCUCAGACCUGACUUUGCUCUCACCCAGGCGCAGAGGUCCUUCGCUCUGUACAAACAAGCAAAGGCCGAGCUCUUCCCAUCCAAGACACACGUUCAGAAAGCCAUGGAUGGAUUCCAGGACGUUAUCAAAAGGUUUCCCACUUGUGCAGAGGGCUACGCACUAUACGCUCAGGCUUUAACCGAGGAGGGACGCUUCAGCAAGGCAGACAAGAUGUACGACAAGUGUAUUGAAGUAGAACCAGACAACGCCAACCAUUAUGUUCACAAAGGAUUAUUACAGCUCCAGUGGAAACGAGGCAUGGACUGGAGACGCUUGUGUGAGUUGGGCCUGGACCUCAUCAAAGAAGCCAUCGAAAUCGACAACAAAUGUGCCUUUGCUUACGAAUCAUUGGGACAUGUCGAACAUCCAAGGUGUGAUUACGGCAAGGCAAUCGAAAUGUCUGCCGAGGCUAAAACGGCUAAUGACGUGGGUACCCAUUACACAGAGCGCGAAGACGCGUACACCCACAGAGAGGUAUUCAGGGAAGUAAGGGAUCAGCUCUAGCUCUGACUCAUUUACAGACUGCUUUUGAUUGUUUACAAAGAUCUCUUCAUAAGGCAAGGCAAGACGUUUCAAGUCAGCCACUUCGAUUUUGACUGACAAGUUCUUCUGAUAUUCUUCGAUACAUAUGGUGACCAAAGUAAAAUAGAACUUAAAUCUGAAUAAAGUUAUGUUUCCUGGAAA